GGCAGCGCGCGUGCCCCAAAUCAAGAUGGCGCCGCCCGCUUCUUCUGCCCGCGGCGCUCUGAUAGUGGGCGCGCUCGCCUCCUUCUGCUCGCAGGGUGCGGGGCCUGAGGGGUGCGAGCUGAGCUUGACAAACCAUGACGGAAGGAGAAGAUCCUGAAGCAGCAACAAGCUCUUUGCAUCUGGCACCUGUCCCAGAGGACUGCUCCCAUACCAGUGCUGUUCCUAGUGGGACCAUGGACAGGGAGGAGACAUCACCAAGUCAUCAUCACUCAGAGGAGAGCAGCAUAUUGGACCUCCCCUCUGUCUGUGACCUAGCAGAGGGCUUUCUGUCUCCACACAGCACUGAGAGCAGUGAGGAACUUUUUAAUUUUGUGGAUACUUUUCCCUCUCCACUCACAGGUAUCGGCACAGUUCCAGUGGAAAAAGACCACAUGGAAGAAAUGAUAACAAGGUGCAUAGUGGAAGUUCUAGCCAAUGCUCUGUCUAAGCCAAGUGCCCCACCAAUUAAUCCUGAAUGCAAAGAAAUCCUCAAGAAGGGUGGUAAAACUGAUAGAGAGAGAAGUGAAGACAAACAGCUUGAAGUGAGGCAUUUGAAAGAGCCAUCGGAGCUUGAAAACCCACACUCUGAAAAUGUAGAGAGGGAACAGAGUCAGGCAGAAGGUGACUCUAAAAAGCGCAUGGAAGGAAGUGAUGAAGAGAAGCUUCAUCCUGGGGAAGGUAACAGCAAGGAAGAUGAGGAGGGACACCACAUACCUGUUCGUGAAGAGAAACUUCAUACAGAAGAAAAAAAACUCUAUCAGGAAAUCAGAAGAGAGGAGAACAGCUAUCACAGUGAAGAAGAAGGCAAAGAGAGCAAGCAAAGUGAUGGAGAAGUAGACCAUGCUGUUCUCAACAAGAAGUCCCACUCUGCAGGCAUGAGCACAGAGGAGGUCACUGAGGAGAACGAUCAACGCCCCAUGGAUCACUGGCAUUCAGAGGAGGGAAUGCAAAGCCCUUACAAAGGAACUCAUGAAGGUGAGGAAGAAGAGGCAGAGGAAGAAAGAAGUGAGAAAUACCACCUGAGUGAGUCUAAGGGACAUGAUUUCUCCCAACGUAAUGAGCAAGAAGAAUCUCAUGAAAAUGAAGAAGUGGAGGAAGAAAAAAAGUCCUACAAACCAAAACGGUAUCAUGGGAAACACAGAAUGGGUGAUUCCUCUGAAGAGAAUAGAGGCCUUGGUGGUGAAAAAGAGGAACUAGCUGAGGAAUCAAACGUAGAAGAGUCUCAUCUCUGGGGUAAAAGGAACAACCGUCAGAAACACCACCAUGGAGAAUCUGAGCAGCAGCAUGAAGAGAAGAGUGGUUAUCGUGGGAGGCAUGGGUCUGAAGGUAUGGAGGAGAAGAGGCGUGUAGGCCAGGGAAGUGUGGAGCACAGAGAAAGGUGGCAGCAGAAUGAAGAGAAGAGCCAAGAGGAAAAUAAGAGGCAUCACAACAGUGAAGAAAGUAAUGAGAAAUGGCACGAGGAGGGAAGACACCAUUCUGAGGGAAGGGCAUAUCGUGGCGAUGAAAGUGAGGAAGAGCUAGACAGGUAUCACAGUGACAGCAGCAAGGAGAAGCAGCAGCAUGCUGGAGGAAGGUACCACUUGUGGGACGAUGAAGGUGAAGGGACACUGAAAGCAUACACUCAAGAGCACAAAGGGCAGGCCAGAACACGCUACAACACUGAGGACAAUAUAGAGCAGCAGCACUACCCUGGUAACAGUGAUGAGGAGGAAGAGGAAGGAAAAAAACAUUACAGCAGUGAUCAGAUAGAAAAUGAAGAGGAGAGUAUGGAACAAGGAUAUACAGAGAAGGAAGAGUACAGAAGCCAUCUCCCUGCAGAGAAUGAGAAGAGAACCACAGCAUCCUACAGCUCUCUAUACCCACUUCUGUGGUGGAAGAGCCGGCACUUUGAGAAAAGGAACAGCGCAGGAGAGAGGCUUCCAGAGAGUAAAGAGGAAAGCAGGCCCACCUUGAGCGAGAAGAAUCUUUUCCCUGAAUACGGCGACUAUGACUGGUGGGAUAAAAAGCAGCUCCUGAGCGCUCUGAACCGUGGGCGCUCUGAGAAGAGGAAUCUUAGCAAAAGGAACAGAUACGAUAUGAAAAGGCAAUACGACAAGAUGGAUCAACUCGCACAGCUUCUGAAUUACAGGAAGAAAUCAGCUGAAUUCCUGGAAUUGUACAACUCUGGAGAAGACAUGAAGAAACGUCACGUAAUCAGGAAUGACAAAGGAACUCUGAACCAGAGGCCUCUGACAGAGGAGGAGGCAAAAGAGCUGGAAAACCUGGCUGCUAUGGAUUUGGAGCUGCAGAAAAUAGCUGAGACAUUUAAUGACAACAGGAGAGGCUGAAGAUGAUCUGCUUUGGUGUUUCAAAGCUAGGUGUAGCUGUACUCACAAUACCUGUAUUUUGUGGUAAAUUCACUGCCACUGGAUUGUUGUUUGCCCUAAAAACAAGAAAUACUAUUUACUGUCCACUAUAGUGUAGUGAUGUAUAAAGCUGGAAAUGUCUUUAAUUUGCUAUUUUGCUAUUGAAAUUUGAAUAGCGUGAAUUUUAAUAUUAUAACCUUUCAUGCAAGGCAGAUAUUUUUAAUAUUGCUUGUGGAAAUAAUUGUGUUAGUAUUCUUCAGAAAUAUAUAUGUCUGAGUUUGAAAUAAUAAAAAGCAUUGAUUUUGGAGCAAACUUCUUCCUUGUUAUUUGACUCACUGGGUUAUUUCUGCUUAAGCUCUAAGAGGUGAAUAUGUUGCGUGCAGAAUGUUGACUUGUGGUUCACUAUUAUUUUUAAAAGUUACAGGGAGUCUGCCUAUUCUUUUUAUUUGCCAGUUAGCAGGAGCAUGAAAGGUAAGGAAGAAUCCUGAUAAAUUUGCUGUAGUAACUCAGAAAUGUCCUGUGAAUAACUUAGUUCUGUAAAUUAGUCAUUAAAGAAACAAAAAGGUCACAACACCACGUAGUACGUGGUAGAAGCAGGUAGCAGAAACAGCGUUACAGAGCCUGUGUUAGAGUGGUGCUGAUUUUGCACCACAUGAGUAUCUCAGUAGCAGUAAAGCGAGAGCAGGAUGUGUUCUGUGUAAUAAACUGUACAGAAUAACAAAUACUGUGUGAAAGGAGUAGUUUGGCAAUCGCGUGUCCUUAUGAAGCAGAAACAAUACCAUAAUUAGUUUUAAUUACUCCAGAUAUCUGGGGU